AAAGCAUAUCUUAUGUUUCCUUGAAUGGUGUAGCCAACCAGCAAGGUUCCACUUUGAGCAGGCUCUAUUUGUGCCAAAUCAAUCGAAGUACAACAAGCUUGGUUCCCUUGCAUCGCCACCUUUAGAGCGUGAGCAAGUUGAUUUGCCAUGGCAGUCAUCACUCCAAAGGGUGUGGGAAAGUCUGCCUCACAGCAAUGAAGUUUGCUUAUGGCCCUGAGCUAAAGAAGAUUUAACACUUAUGUGAGAGACAAAAGAUGUCUUGGAUUAUUGGUGGUUAUUUAGCUAUCAUUGGGCACUAAAUAUAGCAGGACACUUUGUGUUGGAGAGUAACUACAAAUUAGAACCAUGUAAGGGCUAGGUGCCAAAGUUAGCAUUAUGACUUGUCACUUCUAAUCUCACCUCUCUGACCUUUUCCUCUGGCUUGGAGCCUAGCCUCUUCUAUUUCUCCCCCAAAUUUUUCCCCCACAAAUCAGGAUUCAUGCAUUGCAUUUAAAGCCUUCCAUCACUUCUUGUGCCCACCCUCUCUUUGGCUUUCUUCUGCAUCUUUUGGGUUGCAGAUUGAGAGCCAAAGUCAAGCUAUCUUGAUACCAUUAGAAGGGUUGUGCCAGCCAACUUUUGAUAGCAACAUAUUUUGCUUGGUAUCACCACUGAGAAUAUCAAGAUGACAUUCUCUGGUACACAGGACAAGUGCAAGGCUUGUGCUAAAAUCGUGCAUUUCAUUGAUCUUCUCACUGCAGAUAGCAUCCCGUACCACAAGUCUUGCUUCAGAUGCAGCCACUGCAAAGGCACACUUUCGAUGUGCAACUUCUCCUCCAUGGAUGGGGUUCUUUACUGCAAGACCCAUUUUGAACAACUGUUCAAGGAGACAGGCACCUUCAGCAAAAACUUCCCUAGAGGUGCGAAGGCAAAUAAUGAACAGUCUAAGGCCCCCAACAAGCUAUCCUCUAUGUUCUGUGGAACUCAAGACAAGUGUGUUGCUUGCAAGAAGAUGGUGUACCCAUUGGAGAAGAUGACCUUGGAGAGCGAGCCCUACCAUAAGACCUGCUUCAAAUGCGCUCACGGCGGGUGCCUCCUUACAACCGCCUCGUACGCUGCCCUCAACGGGAUCCUCUACUGCCAGCACCACUUUUGGCAGCUGUUCAAGGAGACGGGCAGCUACAACAACUUGCUCAAGCCUGCAUUGACGAAGAACGCCGAGGAAACCGAAGCCGCCGAGCCUGCAAAGGCAGAUCCAGAGAUGGAGGCAACCAAGGAAGAGGCACCACCGGAGGCAACCUACACGUGAUGCACGUACAUGCUCGAUGUUAGUCUUGUACUACUGCCUAUUUUUUAUCCCCUCGGCACAAGCGUUGCUGGUUUUUACAUCUUUCAUCUUGGCUCCUGCAAUCUUGGAUCAUGUACCUGUGCCAAUCCUACAAUCAACGAGAGCAAAAUUCGCACAAGAA